AAUGGACAGAAUAAUAAAGGGUAUAAUGAAAUAUAGACAGUGUCACAGAGAAGGAAUGGUUAAACAAUUCAAACAAGUUAAAGAUCAUCCUGAAGUAAGUUUUUAUAAUUAUUUUUCUAUGUUAUGCUGUGUUUAAGUAUUUUAUCAUUCACAUGCUUUCUAUGCUCUUUAAAAAUGGCCGGUUUUACACACGUGCACGUCAUUUGAUAGUUUAAUUAUGUGAUAUAAUAAUAUACUUUGUUUCUCCCUUAUCAUUAUCACUUGUCUUCUCUCGCUACCACUUUAUCUUAUAUAUCUACUAUUGUUGUCGAUAUUACACUCAUUUAUGAUAAUCUUUUGAGCAUGUAUCUGUUAAUUUUUAUUUGAGAUAAGAUGAAGAAAAAAAAAAAUAUUUCAUAAGCCAAUAAAACUAUAAAAUCUUUAAUGAAAUUACGAUCAUUAUGAAAUCGCUCUUUUCGACUGAAAGUUAUAUAGAAAAAGAACAAAAAAUCCCAUUUUGCAGAGAAAUUCAGUAAGCGUUAACUAGUGCCAUCUACACAUGAUACAUUUAUUAUUACUAAAAUAUUUAAAUGUAAUUCAAAAAUUAACGAAUAAUUCCCUAAGGCAGUAUUUUUUACUUGCAUGGAUUCACGGAUGAUCCCAACUAGAUUCACUGAAACAAAUGUCGGAGAUAUGUUCGUUGUGCGUAAUGCUGGUAAUGUUAUUCCACACUCGCAACAUUUCGUCGAUGAACUGACAAUGUGUGAGCCAGCAGCUUUGGAGCUUGGAUGUGUUGUUAAUGAUAUUCGGCAUAUUAUUGUUUGCGGGCACAGUGAUUGCAAAGCUAUGAAUUUAUUAUAUUCGCUCCAGGAUGAAGAAUUCGCUUCUAAAAUAAAUAGAAGAAUAUCUCCAUUGAGAGCAUGGCUGUGUGCUCAUGCUAAUAGUAGUCUAGAUAAAUAUAGACAAUUAAAAACCACUGGGUUCAAUCAACCAAUGGUUUUUCAAGCUGAAACUCCGAUGAGAAAAUUUGUCGCUUAUAUUGAUCCUGACGAUAAAUUUGCCGUCGAAGAUAAAUUAUCACAAAUAAAUACACUUCAACAGCUACAAAAUAUCGCGUCAUAUGGAUUUUUAAAGAAACGGCUAGAGAGGCAUGAUCUACAUAUUCAUGCGCUUUGGUUUGAUAUUUAUACCGGAGAUAUAUAUUAUUUUAGUCGAGGUAACAAAAGGUUCAUUGAAAUAAAUGAAAUAACCGAAAAGCCGUUACUGAAAGAAAUUCAAAAAUAUUAUUCCUGAAAUAAAAUUAACAAUAAUUAAAUACAUGCACAUUCUAUUUUAUAAAAAAAUAAGCACAAUUAUUUAUAUAUAAGUGGUAUUGUUAUUUAUUUUUUUCAUUAAUGUA